CCUGCAGUAGUAUGAGCCCGACAUUCAAACGGAAGCAGACGCUACCAUUUUGAAACACAGCACCGCCUAGCGCCAUGGACAAGAGCAACACAGUGAAGCUCUUCGUGGGCAACCUGGCAUUGGACACCACCCAGGAGGAGCUGUCGGCCAUCUUCGAGCCCUACGGCCAGGUGGUCAGCUGCAGCGUGCUGCGGCAGUUUGCCUUUGUGCACCUGCAGGGCGAGGGCGCCGCCGAGCGCGCCAUCCGGGAACUCAAUGGGCGGGAAUUUCGUGGUCGGAACUUGGUGGUGGAGGAGUCCAGGGGACGACCGCUGCACUCCACCAAGGUGUUUGUGGGUAACCUGAGCGGGAUGUGCACCACUGAAGAUCUACAGCAGUUGUUUCAGACGUUUGGAAAAGUUCUGGAAUGUGACAAAGUCAAAGCCAGGCAUUCCUCUUCCACAGGCUACGCCUUCGUUCACAUGGAGAACAAGGAGGACGCUCUCCAGGCCAUCGAGGCCCUGCAUGGCACCUCGUUCAAGGGACGCCCCCUGUCUGUGGAGCUGUCUAAGGUCCAGCCCAGCAAGCAGGCGCCUACAGGGAAGAUCCCCUGUGUUAACUGUGGAAAGCAGGGCCACUAUGCUGGAGAGUGCCCCGUGGGGAAGCCCUCUCUGGAGCAGUACCAGAGUCAAGCAGCUGUCCUGGCUGCCGCUGCCGCUGCAGCAGCCGGACUGCCUCUACAGGUCCAACAAAGUGUGCACAACUCAGUCUACAACACCUCCACCUUCGAUCCCACAUACGCAGCGCUCACUGGGAUAACCACGGGAACACGCACUGACGGAAAUCCAGUGAACCCAGCGGUUUACGGUGCCCUUGCCAGCCAGGUGUAUGGUGCCAAUGUUGCCAAUCAGCUAUAUGGUUCGGUGGCCAAUCAGGCAGCUCUCACAUCAGGCGCCACCCAAAUGUACAGCUCCAUGACCCCCAACAUCUACGGCCAGGUGGCUGCAAGUCCAGCGGCUGCUGCGGCUGCUGCUGCUGCGGCUGCCUACUCAACUCCAGUUUACACCCCAACCAUGGGCAACCCCCCUGUUUACCUGACUGCUGCUCCUGGGCUAGAAAUGCAGACAGCAGCAGCUGCAGUAAACUCUGCCUACACUGUAGCUCCGGCAAUUUAUGGUGCUGCCACACCGGCCUACGCUCACAUAAGCGCCAUGGGAGCAGCGGACCAUACUCAAGCCAUCUUUGAGGCAGCAAGGCAGGCACAUUACUUUGCCCAAGGUCAGCACGUCUUGGCGGAGCAGCAGUCAGCGGCUGCUGCAGCGGCGGUGGCUGCAGCAAAAUCUGGUGAGAGGGACCGUAGUCCCCUGCGGAGGUCAACGCCCCUGCUGCCGGACCCUGUGAUGAAGCCGUUCAUGUACCAGAGAGUCAAGCCACGCCGACCCCUCCUCCCCACCCCUGCUGGUCGAGCAGCAGAAGAGGCCGCCGAGGCUGCGGAGGACCCCAUGGCCAGGUACUAUGCGGAGUACUACCAGCAGCUGCAGCAGUACCCACAGUUCCAGUACGCCUACCAACCACAGAGCACAGUGACGGGCAUCCCUGGCAUGCCGGGAGUGUCGGCCAUGUCUGCGGUCCAAGCUGUAUCUGCGAUGUCGGGCCAGCCGGUCGCUACGCUGGACGCCCUCAGGCCAGUGGUCCCCACCGCUGCGGCAGUGGCAGCCGCCAUGGCUGCACCCAGGGUGUAUGAGCCGCCGUUGCCGCCGCCCACGCGCAAGGAGGCCAUCCUCCGCCGCCCCGAACUCUCCCUUCACACGCCUGAGCCCCCCUUCCGAUAGUCACACACAACUCUCUGCCCCCUCCCAUCCCUCCCUCUUUGCCCUGAAUCCCCCCCCCCGACAUUUCUUCUUCCACCCCAAACUUGACCACCUUACAGCAGCUGUAUAUGUGUGUAUGUGAGCGUGUGUGUGCGUCGGGUGUGGGGGGGGCUUUGAAACUGAGGGCUCCUGGGUUUAUUAACCUGCUUCACGAGGGACUUGAUCAUCUGACCUUGGUUUUGUUGGCAUACACACAGUGCAGCCACGAAAGGGAGGCUCUCCUCUGGCGUACGGGCAUUCUCUGUGCAGUUUUACUUUGUUAUCGUGCCAGUCUCACACUUGUGCCAGUAUUAAACCGACCCAGUCGGUCCUUCCAUAUGCCUUUAUUUCCACAAACCCAGUUAUGAUUUUCUAAGGCCAAAUAAUCUAUUACAAAAAAAAGACAUCGGUUUUGAACCCGCCAUCGUCCUUUAGGCCUAGAUGAUCAGUUCGGGCAGCUAAUUUUGAAACCUUUUUUGCCUUAUGUUGAAGAGUUUAGAUUUGUAAUGUUAUCAGACGGGGAGUCAGAUAAGCACAUAUUGUGUUCUGGCUGCGUUGAAACGUAUCCAACAGAAUCAAGGUUGUUUUGUGGGCGUUUGUCUCGAGUGUGACGUGGAUGUGGUGUGAAUGAGUGAGAGAGGGAGAGCACACAAACGCAGCAGCUAAGACUGCGUCCUCCAGGAAAAACCCCGUAAAGCACACAUAGUACGUACUGUAAUGUAUGUCUGGAUCUUCCCCUGAAUCCCCUCCUCACCUUCUCUACUCUUUAACCACAGCGCUGCAAGACACUGCUUCACCUCUCUUUCUAACGACAGCUGCCUACCUCUGAGAGUAAAUUUCAGCGUAGUAGAGUCUAUUCUAUUUUACUGUAUUCUAUUCCACACGUCUCACCCAGUCAGCAGUUUAUCCCCCGCUCCUCGUGAAGAGGUGCGGGGUCAGCAGUUCACGGAGGAGCCGGGUGUCAGUGACUUUUGUAGAUAGUCCUCCCUCAUAUUCAGAGGCCUUUCUUUUUGAAAUCGUGUACGUGUGUGUUUAGUUUGAUUUCGUGUCGUUUACAUGUAAUACAGGUCAGACUGGUGUAAAUGGAUUGUAAAUGUGUGACUACUGAAUGAGCUGUUUACAAAGGAUCUUUACAAAAGGAAUCGUGAUGAUGUGUAACCAGUUUGAAUCAUGUGCCUAUAAGCUUUGAAGUGAAGUGCAUUACGUGGAGGAAUCUCCCAUUUUAAGUGCUUUUCACGUUACUUUUUAAUCAUUUCAAGGGAGGAGACCUCCGCGGUUCAGGAGGCUUGAAGCUUUCUUACUUUUAGAUUCAUGUCGUAGGGUUUUGAAAAAGACACAAUUUUGAGCCUCACAGGUUCUGGUUUUUAAGCAGAAACAAAAGCACCAAUGAAGCGAGAGGUGCGGCAGUGUCUUCCAGUCCCCCCCCCCCCUUCCACCCUCCUCCAACUAUCCUCCUCUUUCCAAAUUCACGACCUGCUUCGGAUUGUAGCUGCCAAAAAAGCGUUUAAUGCGGUUGUUGCAUCCGAUCGGUGGACUUUGCGACAUCCGGAUAAGAAAAGUUUGGCACGUUUCCGCAUCCACGAGCUGCAAACUCCACCCGUCUGCUUCUACAAUCACUUGUUUUGUUUUGAUUUUGCAACUACUCCUCCGACAGUGGUGUGAUGCGCACACACACACACACAC